GUUCCCACGAUCCCUCCGUCCACCGUAGCUCGACUCCGCACUCCGAAUGUGGCGGCAAUACACUUCCGAGAAGAGAAAGAAAAUGGGGGAUAAAGAUUCCGAUCAGAGCCUCUCAGAUGAAGACGAGUCGGAUAAGGUCGCCUACGACCUCGACUGCUCCACCAGUCGCCAAUCCCUCUACCAUUCGCAUUGGGUGAAGGAUGACAUGGCACCAACAAAGUUAUCAGUUGCCUCUGCUGCUUACAAAUUUCAAAGAGGCCCUUUUCAUUCUGCAAACAACAAUCACAAGGGAGAGUGCACGUGUUCUGCAAUUAACGAGGAAGCAAAUGAGUUAAAUUGUUUAUGUAAGAAAGCGUGCAGUUCCUCAUUCAUCAGUCAUUUCUCUGAAGCAAAGAAAAGUUAUAAAAGUGGUAGGAGCAGAGACAAGCCUAAGUUUUCCAUUCGAGCACAAUUACACACAGCAGAACUUCCCUCAUUUUGUUCAAUGGACAUAAAUGAAGAAUCUUCUCAGGAGGGAUCUGAAAGCUUCAAAGAGCAUAAUGACCAUGACAGCAGAAUCUUAGAGGAGUCAAAGGCUGAGCUGUUGAGUUAUAUAGAGGAAGACAACCAAGAUUUGCCUGUCAAGUCAGUAACUCAUGAAUUAGCUUGUGCAUUGCCUUUGAUGGCUGAACUGCUGGAAGGUUUGGAGGGGAAGAAUGGACUAACUGCUGGGGCUCCAUACUUGAAUUCCAGAUCAAAAAAAAGAAAGAAACAUUCUUCUGGGGGGAAACAAGCUGCUCAGUUGGGUUCUAGAAUUCUUGAUAAUGAAGAUUCCCUUGAAUUUAUGGGAGCUGGAACAUCCAGCGAGGAUGAGGACCACAAUCAGAACCGCUUAACUCCUGCAAUAGAAGAUAUCAAACAACAGACAAUGGGAGAUCUAUUUCAGGAAACUUUUAAUAUAUCAGUUGGUAGCCCUUCAUUAUCCAAUAAUAGGAAUGCAGUAUCUGGGUAUUUUGGGAGAUUGCAGCAAGUUAUGCAGAUUGAGAGGGAUAGACAUUUCGAAUUCUUAAAGCAGUCACAGACAGGAGGGAAGAGCCCUCUAAAUGAUUUAAGGUGCAUUACAGUACAGAUUUUGUCAAGAAUUUUGGAGGCAAAGCUGACAGUUUGUCAUUGUUUGCUUGCUGAAAGCACCAAGAGCCAGCCGGGUGAGAAUGACUCUCCAAAAUGUCAUAAAGAGGGAACUCUAAGGACAGUUAUUUUCAGUUCAAGAAUUUGUGGGAGCGUGGAACUUGAAGUUGGUGGCUUUGUUCGUAUACACCCACCGUGGUAUGAGAUCUAUCUUGGCGUUUCUGACACAUUGAUGAUAUUAGAAAUUUCUUUUUAGACAGUCCAUAAACACUGCUUAGCUUUUGUAAAUAUUACAUUUUGAUCUGUAAAACAUGGAGAGAGAGAGAGAGAGAGAGACAUAAACGUAGUUUCUGUUAAACAGGAAAGAGGUCCUAAUCGCCAAAGAAGAGAAGAUCUUAUUGUGCAGUUAUUUCUCGACAUGAUUGCCAUCUACCGAAAUACAGAUUUUUGGGACAAGAUGCGGCGGAGGAAACAAAUGUCAGUGUGCAAGCUUUUCCUCGUAAAGUGAGUGCCUACCUAUAGAACUACUAACCUACCUUUGAUUUGUAUGUGCAGUACAUGGGUUCUCAUUUGGAUUUGGACGAAGAGGAAGUCUCCUGUCAAGCCAUCCAUUCAUCGCGUCUUGCAUUCCAUUUCAGAAAAGAAAAAUAAAAAGGAAAGAAAAUUGUCCUAAAGUAUCGUUUCCAACAUUUGGUACAGCCAAUCGUCAAAAAAAAAAAAAAAAGGCCCUGCUUACGUUUAUUACAUGGGCGUACAAAAUG